AUGUUGGAGAGGAUUUGCGAAUUUCAUCUGAAGGAGGGUAUUUUAAAGACAAACCCACUCUGUGAAUAUCAGCAUGCAUAUAGAUCUGGUAGAUCUAUAGAAAGUGCUCUCCACAAUGUGGUUACUAAAAUUGAAAAAUCUCUGGCCUUUUGUGAACUAACUCUCGGAGCUUUUCUCGAUAUUGAGGGAGCUUUUGACAGAGUGGAUCACAAUAUUAUAAUGGCGGCGCUAAAACGGAAAGGAGUUGAUGAUGUUACUAGUAACUGGCUAUGUUCUCUCUUAACUGAUCGUGAAAUCAGUGUGACGAUUGGAGGAAGAGAGAUUAUAGCCGCUGUGCAUCGAGGAUGUCCGCAAGGAGGUAUACUCUCACCACUCUUCUGGAGUCUUGCCGUCGAGGAGUUGUUGGUGGAGUUGAACGAGAGGAAAUUAUAUGCUGUUGGAUAUGCAGAUGACAUUGCUAUAGUCAUAUCUGGAAUUGACUAUAGCACUGUAUGCAAUAGAAUGCAGCAAGCGUACAGGAUUGUGGAAGAGUGGUGUAACAGAUCAGGGCUGGGAGUUAACCCAGAAAAGACUAAUCUAGUUCUGUUCACCAAUAGGAGGAAAGUUAAGAUAGAUAGGGUACCUAUUCUUUAUGGUAAGGAAACUAUCAUUAGAGAUAGGGUUAAAUAUCUUGGCGUCAUUUUGGAUAAGAAAUUGAAAUGGAAUUUUCAUUUGGAGGAGAAAGUGAACACAGCCUUGCGAAGCCUGUGGCAAUGCAGGAGAAUGAUCGGCAAGACUUGGGGACUUUCUCCAAAGGUGAUGCACUUUAUUUACACGCAGGUGGUGAGACCAGUCAUUGGUUUUGCAUCUGUAGUCUGGUGGCCUAGAGUAAAGUUGAAGUGUACGGUAGAGGCUCUGAAUAGGUUUCAAAGACAUGCUUGUCUUGCAAUCACGGGGGCCUUAAGAUCGACGCCAACUGCUGCUCUGGAAGUGCUACUGAACCUGCUUCCUCUACACAUUUUUAUCGAACAGGAGGCUUUAAAGUGUGCAAUUAGACUAAGGAAUAGAGAAUUAUGGAAUGAUAGAGGAACUUUGAUUGGGCAUCGUAAGAUUCUGAAAGACGUUGAGGAGAUCUUCCCUUCAACUGCUAUGUUGUCAGAUGUUUCGUACCCAAAGGAAAUGUUUUCUGGGAAUAUAGAGAAAAUCAGAAUCUUAACUGAAAACGAUGAGCUCUACAAUUGCGUUGAAGAAAUCUCUAGAUGCAAUGUUAAAGUGUUCACGGACGGUUCUGUACAAGGUCUCAAAGCAGGAGCUGGAGUGUUUUGGAUGGAAGAGAACAUUGAGAUGUCUAUCCCCUUGGGACAGUACUUUUCCAUAGUUAUGGCGGAGAUUUUCGCUAUCUUGAUGGCAAUGUGUUGUCUCUGCGAUAGAGGAGUAACGAAUAAGACAAUUGGGAUUAUAUCGGAUAGCAAAAACGCAUUGCAAAAGAUUGCAGAGGGUCCUACGUCUUCGAAUCUGGUUCAAGAAGCGAGAUAUUAUCUUGCUAAACUCUUGGAAGAUAAUGAGAUCCUCUUCAUCUGGGUUCCUGGCCAUUCAGAUAUUUUAGGCAACGAAAUAUCUGACAGAUUGGCAAAACUAGGAGUUAUGCGCAAUUUUGUUGGCCCGGAGCCGGUUAUUGGCAUUGAACUGGAAUUCAUUAAAAGGAAUAUACAGGAAUAUGCACAAGAAAUUCAUAGAAAAUACUGGAAAUCUGUAAAGGGUUGUUUGUUCGCUAAGAGCCUUGUGAAGUCUGUCACACAUGGAUGUGACAGGCAACUGUUGGCUCUGACUCGCACACACCUCAGAGUUAUUAUUGGAAUACUCACUAGACACUGGCUGAAUGCACAUCUGCAUAAAAUGGGUAUGGUGGACGACCCAAUUUGUCCGUGGUGUUCUUCCAGUAGGGAAAGUGUAAAACAUAUCUUGUGCGAUUGUCCGACUCUGGCACUUUCGAGACAGAAGAUAUUAGGAAAGAGGGUGAUUGAUUUGGAUGACUUAAGCAUUGUUAAUGUAAAGAACAUCUUAUCAUUCACCAAGGAAAAUGAAUUGUAA